GGUUGUUGCCAACUUCAUGCUUCAUAUUUUCACAGACAUAGUUUGAUAAGAAAUAAGAAUUAGUUUAGAAAAAAAAUUUUUGUGAUUUCAUACAAAUUAUUUUUCAUUUAAAUUGUAUUUUUUCUUUGAAACACCGAAAUGAAAACCGAAGCAAUUCUCAAUCCAGCAAAAUAUGGAUCGGGGCUCAAGGGCAUUUUUCGACAAGCCAUGCAUGAAAUGCCAUUGAUUACAAUUUGUUCACCAUUCUGCAUUGUCGGAUUAGGACUUAUUGUGUACCAUACUUAUAGAUACGACAAAAAUGAUGGAAACAACAGGAAAUAUAAAUUAAAAUAUACCCUUUAUCGACCAGACGACCCAAGAGUUCCACACAUCAAGAAUUGAAAGUUAAAAAUUAGAAUUAUAAAUACAAAAUUGUAUGCUGUUAAAUUAAUAGGUAUUAGAAAUAAAUACAAAGAAAUUAAAAACAAA